CAUCUCUUGAGUUACAAGUAAAGUUCUAAUAAUAAUUUUUGUUGACUUGGUUUGAACUUGCAUAGAUUUGAUUAAAUAAUUUAAUCGCGAUGUUUGGGAGAGUGACUUUUUAUCCUACUCUUGUGUAUAAUUUAUUUAUGGAAAAGGUAUCAUCAAGAAGAUGGUUCGAUCGUAUUGAUGAAACAGUUAUUUUAGGAGCUUUACCUUGGAGAAGUAUCACAAAGCAGCUAAUCGAUGAAGAAAAUGUGAAAGGAGUUGUUUCUCUUAAUGAAAAUUUCGAACUUCUAUUUGGUGUUACUACAUCUAGAGAAUGGAACAAGUUAGGAGUUGACUUCUUGCAAUUAAAUACUCCUGAUAUUUUCCAUGCUCCAAGCCAAGAGAAACUUAAAACCGGAGUAGAGUUCAUUAAACGAUUCGAUGGAUCUGGAAAUAGUGUUUAUGUUCACUGUAAGGCUGGUCGAACUAGAAGUGCUACCUUAGUUGCAUGUUAUUUAAUUGAGAAAUACGAAAUGACUCCGAAACAAGCGGUUGAUUUUAUUGCUUCUAAAAGACAUCAUAUUUUACUGAGAUCGAAGCAAUGGGAAGCAAUAAAUAAAUUUUAUUCCGAUAAAAAUAUCAACCUGGAUGCAUCCUGAUCAAGAACUAAUUUUGGGGCAACUAUUGAGAACAACUUUUCAGGACAACUUGCAAGGGUAGCAUCUUUUAAGGAACUGGAAUAGAGGAACCAUCUGAAUUGGUUCUAACCUGUUUUGUUUUUGUUGGAAUUGGACUCCAAAAAUUAUUCAUCAAAAUCAAAAUUUAAUUUAUAUCAUUGACCGUUACUAUCAUUGUUUACAAUUUUAGUGAAUUGUUAUAUUUAAAGUAUAUAUUUUCGAGUUCAUAUUUUUUAUUUAUUGUUAAAUUGAUUAUGUGCCACAAAUAUGCAUUCAAAUUGAAAUAAUUGAAACGACCUAUUUUCACAAAAAUAUUUAGCAUAUUCAUAAAAUUUUGUGAAUUUUUGUGAGGCUCUUUACGAUUGUCAGAUUUACGAUCUUAUUACCAUUAUUUAACUUCGUUUCGCAGGGUUAUUGCUUUUUGUUUAAUAAACUCUGAAUCUCCUUUAAAGCAAA